AGCAGAGAGGUGGAAGGUAACCGGAGAAGGAAGGAGAGAAAAGCACAGGACUCUCCCCCCAGGUUCUCGCUAUGGAGACGGGGCAAAGCGCGCAGGUCGCCGACAUGGGAGGAGAGCACUCCGCCGGGCCGAGCGCGGUGGAACGGGACCGGGGCGACGUGUCCAGCCCCAGUCUGCCGUUCAAGCAGCGCUCCCUGCGGGUCGUGUACGUGCUGAACGACGGGCUGAAGUCGGUGAUGGCGAGCAGCCCGGAGUCCGGCGCGCUCCAGUGUCUGCAGCGCGCCUGCGACGCGGAGAGCGCGCUGCUCACCACCGUCACCUUCGGCCGCCUGGACUUCGGCGAGACGUCGGUGCUGGACAGCUUCUACGAUGCAGACAUCGCGAUUGUGGAUAUGAGCGAUGUGUGUCGGCAGCCCUCCUUGUUCUACCACCUGGGCGUGAGGGAGAGCUUCGACAUGGCCAACAACGUCAUCCUGUACCACGACACCGACCCCGACACUGCCCAGUCGCUGAAGGACAUGGUGGCGCAGAAAAACACGGCCUCCAGUGGUAACUACUACUUCAUCCCCUACAUAGUGACGCCCAGCCACGAGUACAUGUGCUGCGAGAGCGACGCCCAGCGCAGGGCCAGUGAGUACAUGCAGCCCAGCUGGGACAACCUGCUGGGGCCGCUCUGCGUCCCCCUGACGGACCGCUUCACCAGCCUGCUGAAGGACAUCCACGUCACGUCCUGCGCCUCCUACAAGGACACCCUGCUGAACGACAUCCGCAAGGCCCGGGAGAAGUACCAGGGCGAGGAGCUGGCCAAGGAGCUGUCCCGCAUCAAACUCCGGAUCGACAACACCGAGGUCCUCACGCAGGACAUCGUCAUGAACCUGCUGUUCUCCUACAGAGACAUACAGGACUACGAUGCCAUGGUGAAGCUGGUGCAAACCCUGGAGAUGUUGCCGACCUGCGAUCUGGCAACGCAGCCCAUGAUCCAGUUCCACUACGCCUUUGCCCUCAAUCGGAGGAACAGCCCCGGUGACCGGGAGCAGGCCCUGACGGUGAUGCUGCAGGUGCUGCAGUCGUGUGAGCACCCGGCGCCGGACAUGUUCUGCCUCUGCGGACGCAUAUACAAGGACAUCUUCCUGGACUCGGACUGCAAGGACAUGAAGAACCGAGACAAUGCCAUACAGUGGUACAGGAAGGGUUUCGAGCUGCAGCCGACUCUCUACUCUGGCAUCAACCUGGCCGUCCUGCUCAUCGUGGCCGGUCAGCAGUUCGAGAGCUCCAUCGAACUGAGGAAGAUAGGCGUGAGGUUGAACAGUCUGCUGGGGCGCAAGGGUUCCCUGGAAAAAAUGAACAACUACUGGGACGUGGGGCAGUUCUUCACCGUCAGCAUGCUGGCCAACGACAUCCCCAAGGCCACGCAGGCGGCCGAGAAGCUCUUCAAACUGAAGCCGCCGCUCUGGUAUUUGCGGUCGGUGGUGCAGAACCUGCAGCUGAUCCAGAGGUUCAAGAAGCAGACGGUGGAGCACUCGCCCCUGCGCGAGAGACUCAACUUCUGGAUGGACAUCAUCGUGGAGGCCACGCAGCGCACCACCAAUCGCCUGCGGUUUCCUGUGUUGAUCCUGGAGCCCACAAAGGUUUACCAGCCCUCCUACGUGUCCAUCAACAACGAGGCGGAAGAGAAGAACGUCUCCAUUUGGCACGUUUCUCCUGCCGAAACAAAAGGGAUCCACGAGUGGAACUUCACCGCAACGUCCAUAAAAGGCAUUAGCAUCAGCAAGUUUGACGAGCGCUGCUGCUUCCUCUACGUCCACGACAACUCCGACGACUUCCAGAUCUACUUCUCCACUGAGGAGCAGUGCGGUCGAUUCUGCUCCAUGGUGAAAGAGAUGAUAUCUGACGGGACAGGAAAUGCUGUGGAGCUGGAAGGGGAGGGAGAUGGAGACACCCUGGAGUACGAGUAUGACACCGAUGAGACGGAGGACAGGGUUGUGUUGGGGCGGGGAACCUACGGAGUGGUGUACGCCGGGCGAGACCUCAGCAACCAGGUCCGGAUCGCCAUCAAAGAGAUCCCAGAGAGAGACAGCAGGUACUCGCAGCCCCUCCACGAAGAGAUCGCCCUUCACAAGUACCUGAAGCACAGGAACAUCGUUCAGUACCUGGGCUCCGUCUCCGAGAACGGAUACAUCAAGAUCUUCAUGGAACAAGUGCCGGGAGGGAGCCUGUCGGCGUUGCUGCGGUCCAAGUGGGGCCCGCUGAAGGAGGCCACGAUCAUCUUCUACACCCGGCAGAUCCUGGAGGGCCUCAGAUACCUGCACGAGAACCAGAUCGUCCACAGAGAUAUCAAGGGUGAUAACGUCUUGGUGAACACCUACAGUGGCGUCUUGAAGAUCUCCGACUUCGGCACCUCCAAGCGUUUGGCGGGAGUCAACCCCUGUACGGAAACAUUCACCGGUACGCUGCAGUACAUGGCGCCGGAAAUCAUCGACAAGGGCCCUCGGGGGUACGGGGCCCCGGCUGACAUCUGGUCCCUCGGGUGCACCAUCAUAGAAAUGGCCACCGGGAAGCCGCCCUUCCAUGAGCUGGGGGAGCCGCAGGCAGCCAUGUUUAAGGUGGGCAUGUUCAAGAUCCACCCGGAGAUCCCCGAGUCUCUGUCGCUGGAGGCCAAGUCGUUCAUCCUGCGCUGCUUCGAGCCCGACCCCCACAAGAGAGCCAUCGCCUCGGACCUGCUCAAGGACACGUUCGUCAGGCACAACGCCAAGGGCAAGAAGAGCAAGAUCGCCUUCAAGCCAUCAGACUACAUCCACAACGUGUCCCUGCCGGUGCAGUUGCAAUGCGAGGCCACCGGGAGCAGCAGCAGCGAGCACGGCUCCGUGAGCCCCGACUGCGACUCCAAACACGACGUCUUCUUCGAGAAGAAGAAGAGCUCCGGGUCCGACAACCUGCUCAAACCGCCCAACUCCAACUACCUGAGUGUGCCAGACGAGGGUUCGGUGUCGGAGGACCGCAGUGCCCCCCCGUCCCCCGAGGACCGGGACAGCGGCCUGUUCCUGCUGAAGAAGGACAGUGAGCGACGCUCCAUCCUGUACAAAGUCCUCAACGACGACCAGGACAAGGUCAUCUCCAACCUCAAGGAGAACUACAUCCAGGGCAGCGAGGAGCUCCAGCUGUCUGUCGAGCACAUCAAGCAGAUCAUCUGCAUCCUGCGAGACUUCAUCCACUCCCCGGAGCGACGCGUCAUGGCGGCCACCAUCUCCAAGCUCAAGCUGGACCUGGACUUCGACUCCACCUACAUCAACCAGAUCCAACUGGUGCUGUUCGGCUUCCAGGACUCGGUGAACAAGGUCCUGAGGAAUCAUCACAUCAAGCCCCACUGGAUGUUCGCCAUGGACAACAUCAUCCGCCGCGCCGUGCAGGCGGCCAUCACCAUCCUCAUCCCAGAGCUGCAGACCCACUUCGGCCCGGCGUCGGAGUGCGAGGGAGCCGAGAAGGAGGACGAGGUGGACGAGGAGGAGGCGGAGUUCGGGCCCGUUUUGGCCCCUCACGCCGCCGCCGCCGCCGACGACUCGGGCCCGCCGGCCGACCCCGCCCACUCGGCGGUCAGCGCGCUGACCUCCUCCGCCCACUCCCACGAGCACCAGCGCUCGCAUCAGCAGCUGGGAGCGCAGCUGGGACGGCUCAAACAUGAGACCAACCGGCUGCUGGAGGAGCUGCUGCAGAAGGAGAGGGAGUACCAGCAGGUGCUGAAGACCACGCUGCAGCAGAGGGCGCACGAACUGGACCUGGUCCGGGUGCGACUCAGGCCCCCGGACGUCUCACCUCCGUCCAUCUUCCAGAUCCCGGCGGAUCACGAGCCCGACAAGCAGCUCAUGGACUGGCUGAAGGAGCAGGGCGCGGACGCAGACACCAUAGACAAGUUUGUGCUGGAGGAAUACACGCUGGCUGACAUUCUCAACGACGUUACCAAAGACGACCUCCGCUGUCUACGUCUACGGGGCGGAGUCCUCUGCCGCAUCUGGCGAGCCAUCCAGCGGCACCGAGAGCGAGAGAGGCUGACGAGCGACGGACAGUCGGAGGACGACGCGUGAUGGGACGCAGGGGGACGACGACAGACUCUUUGUUUUGCGGAAACAUGCACAUCCGCUCGCCGCCAUCCACUCCGCACGGCCUCCUCUCUCUCUCUCUCUCUCUCUCUCUCGUCUCUUCCUGCGCCUCGCCUCUUCACGGCGUCGUCUCUGCAAUCGUUCACACAGGGAACCGACUGAGUGGCUGCUCGCCCGUGCGUCUCCGCACAGAGUCCGACUUGACCAGACCAAAGGCGCUUCAGUGCCAGCGCUACUCUUUUUGUGCAUUCGAUUGUGUAUUUAAUAUUUCUAUUUAAUUGUACUUGAGGAUCUUAUGAGAAGAAAAAAAAAAAAAAGCACCGUAGCAAACAAGGAAUUCUUUCUUCCGUUUUAUGCGAUACCAGCGGUGUACUUGAAAUGUUAGCGUUUCCAGUUUUGUGGCCUAAACUCUUUAAAAAAAAGUCCAUUGAAAACGUAUAGACACUCACCUGUAACACGAAUGCACUUCCAUGUAUGUGUGUCACGAGAAAAUGCUUGUAAAUUGUGAUUACAUUUAUUUUGGGAUAACAUGGCGGUCCUUACCAAACACUGUUUAUGAGAAUGGACAAAGUCACCGGGUCCGGAAAGUGAAGCCAAAGUGCCUGAAGCCUGUGUUCUCUUGAAUCACCAGCAGAGGGCGACUCCGCUGGUUGCUCCUAUAGAACGUUGAGAGAAAGAGACUCCGCUUCUCACUCGAUUUGUAACGUUGAUGGUUUCAAAUCUGCAAUACAGCACGAUUGUCGACGAUUGGUCUCACUUAGGGCAAAAACAGACGACGGAGCCUGGUACGCGUCGGGGCGCGGCUACGGUGUGACUGUCAGCUAGUCCCGACCAAUAGAUGCAGGGGGUUGCAGGUGUAGGUGGGCUCACAGCGGACCAGCUCUCUGGCACGCCCACCCCCCCCCACUGCUCCCUAUAUGGUCACUUCUGGUUCCCCUCGAAAAAACCAAGAUGUCAAAAUACCAGACUCAAGGCUUAAUCACUUAACUCGCUGAUUAUGUUGCAGAAGUGAAAAAGUUUCUCUGUCCUUAAAACGUGUCUCACAUGGUAUCAGUACCUCAACCUACGUCAAAAAAACGAACUGCAAACCGUCAAUGCGGAUAUUACAUUUCCCCAAAACCUGCCAAACCGCCGAACUCUGUGACCUCCAGAGACCACUAACGCACACGCUGUCGACUGCUCAGGCCUCUGUCAGCCAAAGCCCAAUGCCUUAAGUUUUUGAGAAGUAAAAGUAGCCGCGCUGAGAUGAUUGACUGAAACAUGCACACACCACCACUGCCUUUAUAUCUGUGAGAAUGUAAUACAUUAGAGUUCCUUGAUAUUCUCGAUGAAUUGGCGGUCAUAUGUCUCCUCUGUCUGUACCUGUGUUCAACUGUUAGAUGUAUGUAUGUGCUUGUGUGUUUCCACAGUCGCUUAAACCUGGCUGCAAUAAACCUGGAAAUAAUGGA